AUGGAAAAAGUCCAAGCAUACAACCUCUCUGUCUUUCCAUACUCUACGGAUAACGACAAUGAUGGCGGAAAUCCAACCACAAUCUUCCUUGGCGCCGAGGAUCUAACCUCAGAAGAGAUGCAAUCGCUUACCCAGAAGAGCGGCCAUGAAUGCGGCUUCAUUCUUCCGGCUCCUGCAGACACAAACCCAAAGUGUCACUAUAGAAUGCGCUACUGGGUCCCAAAUCACGAAAUGGAAAUGUGCGGACAUGCCACUGUAGGCGCGAUUUGGCUUCUGCAGCAGCUAGGCUUGUUAGCGACAACUUUAACCAAGGAUAUCCUUGGCAUAUCUACGUUAUCAGGAAUCGUCGAAGCCAAAGUGCUCCCCGGUGCAUCACUAGCAUCCUGUGAGGUCCUCGUGUCGCAGCCAAAGGGUACCGUGGAAGAGCUAUCCCACAAAUAUAUUCCCGAUAUUCUCUCCAGCCUCGGCCUUGCAGAAGAAGAUCUCGCACCAGAAUACCCAAUCCAAAACGGAUGCACGUCGCGAACCAAAACGCUGAUCCCACUGAAGAGUCGCGAUAUCAUACAAAACCUCACGCCGAAUUCAGAACCCAUACGGCGCGUGUGUGAGCAGAUAGACUCAACGGGCCUAUAUCCCUAUGUGGUCAUCGACUCCACUACUCAACUCAUCGAGGCACGGCAGUUUCCCAGGUCGGUGGGGUAUGUCGAGGACCCAGCAACGGGUAUUGCAGCCGCGGCGUUAUUAUUCGGGCUUGUGGAGAAUGGGAUCGUCGACCACGGGACAGAGAAACCUGUUCGUGUAAGACAAGGUUGGGCUAUGGGGAAGCCGUCUGAGAUUUCGGUUUGUCUUAGACAUGGUGGGGAGGUGGGGUGUUGGAUUACCGGGAAGGUGAAGUGGCGAUCAGGUUAG